AUGUCGAGGGUGUCGCUAGUCACUCUCUUCCUGCUUUCCAUCCUUCCAAUCAUUUCUGCCAACCCUCAUGCCAUCAGUGUGCAAUUGUCUGCUGGAGCAGUAUCUGUCGGAAAUGGCACAACAGGAAGAGUCAUGUUCAUCCUUUCACCCAACGGGACAGAUCCUCUUGACGACACUGAUGAUACCACGACACAAGAUUUCUUCUUCGGUAUGAACGUCAACAACCUUCACCACAACGACACGAUCAAGCUUUCAGGUAGGACUCGAGACCAUACCGACACAGGCGUUUUCGGCUGGCCGCUCGAGACGCUUAACGACAUUCCAGUUGGCAACUACCGUGCUCAAGCAUUCUUGAAGAGAUAUGACACUGCCACACGUAGCGAUGGAUCUGUAGUGAGACUCAAGUUUCCCUGUGGUGACGGAAGCCCCCCUGUAUCUGGGGUUGGCGACUUGGCUUCUGACAUAAUCGAUGUUCAUAUCUCGGGCAAGGCACAGACUAUCAAGUUGCUCUGGAACAAUACGGUACCAUUCCUUGACUUUUCAGGUCAUGAGGUUGGCGGCUGCGCCCAAGGCAACUAUGAAGACACGCAGUAUCUCAAACACAUCAAGAUACGAAGCAAGAAGCUUAGCGACUUUUGGGGUCGUGACAUGUUCUUGGGUGCGAACGUUCUGCUCCCGCACGGCUACAAUGCCCAUGACAACGCCACUCGAUACCCAGUCAUAUAUUCACAGAAUCAUUGGGCAGAAGGCGAUGGACCGGACUCCUACUCGACAAAGGCUAGCUUCAAGGAGGCAUGGGACUCGGGUGUCAUUCCCGCAUCUGGCAACAAAACUAGUCGCGAGACUCCAAAGAUGAUCCUCAUUGCAUUCCGUCACGAAACACCUUAUUACGAUGACUCUUACGCUGUCAACACGGCGAAUCUUGGUCCAUAUGGUGAUGCGAUAAAUGAAGAGCUGAUUCCGUAUCUCGAAGCACGUUUCAACACGAUACCAAAGCCGUAUGCCCGCAUUCAGGACGGUGGCUCGACCGGAGGAUGGGAAUCUGCCGCCAAUUUGAUCUUCCGACCUGACCUUUUCGGUGCUUGUUUCUCGUCUUAUCCCGACUCUUUGGACUUCCACAAACAUCAAGCUAUACCUUUGUACAAUAGUACAAACGCAUACAAAUAUCCCAACGGAAGUGACAUACCUUCGAUUCGAGAGUUCGUCAAUGGUACGCAGCAAGUCUUGGCCAGCACCGCCACGGAGAAUCACUGGGAACUGACCUUCGGCACCUCUUCGCGCUCUUCUCUACAGUGGGAUAUCUGGAACGCCGUCUUUGGAGUACAAGGUCUCAAUGGCUAUCCUCUGGAGCCAUGGAACAAAGUCACCGGAGAAAUCUACCCCGAAGCUGUCAAAUAUUGGGAAUCAAUGGACCUGGCUCAUCAUAUUGUCACCAACUGGAACAGCUCCUUGCGCUUGGGCGAAGUCUUGCGUGAUCGUGUUCACAUUUCCGUGGGAACAUGGGACGACUACUUUUUGAACGAGGGCGUGGCUGAAUUCAAGAGCCGAGUCGAGACGCUGGGUGGACAAGACUGGGCUACGAUAUCCAUUCUUCCGGAAAAGACGCAUGGUGGUUUCUACCGAGGUAUGGAGGCCUGGGACUAUCUUGAACUUGUCAAAAGAUGGGUCGAUGAUCAUGCCCCAGAUGGAGCGACCCCACUCCAUGCCAACCUGACUUUGGGAACGUCGCGCGGAAACACCUGGAACGAGGUCAUCGGUCGCGGUGGUCACGAAGCUGCACUAGCUCGACAGUCUGAUCCAGUCAUCAAGGUGACUGGGGGUAUCGUGGGUACAGUAGGUGGUUGGGAUCCUGGUAUGAAGCUUGUUGCACGCUGGGUCAUCAACAACAAAACGAGUGAGAAGCACGGAUGCACCUCAUUCAACGUCACACAAGGCGAUGUCGUCCGAUACAGCCCUGGAAAUGCCAAAACCGACAAGAAGGCAGAGCAGGUUCAGUUGUGGGUGACAGGACGUAAGAUGGGGUAUGUCGAGGAAACUAGAAAGAGUAAUAGGUUAAGUAUCUAA